AUCGUCUCUCUCUCUCUCUCUCUCUCUCUCUCUCUCUCAGUGAGAUUAUAUUCUGCCUUCAGUCCGAUCAGAUCGAUUGAAUCCACUCCACUCCGAAUUUAGUGAAAUCCAGCUUUGUUGUUCGGAUCGUUUUCAUGGCUUCAACAACGUUCUCUCUCGUAUCGGCUUCUGUAUUCCCGCGCGAGAUCAGCGUGGACAAGCAGAAGCUUGGAAACUCCGGUUCGAAUGCAUUCUUCAAAACCAAGUCCUUUGGCCGUGUGACCAUGUCAAUUGCUGUCAAGACAUCUCGUUUCGAUGGUAUAACUAUGGCUCCUGCAGACCCUAUUCUUGGAGUCUCUGAAGCUUUCAAAGCAGACACAAACGAGUUGAAGCUCAAUCUUGGUGUUGGGGCUUACCGAACUGAAGAACUACAUCCAUAUGUUCUUAGUGUUGUCAAAAAGGCGGAGAACCUAAUGUUAGAGAGAGGAGAAAACAAAGAGUAUCUCCCAAUUGAAGGGCUGGCGGCAUUCAACAAGGUUACAGCAGAGUUGUUAUUUGGUGCCAAUAGUGCUGUCAUAAACGAACAAAGAGUGGCAACAGUUCAGGGUCUUUCAGGAACAGGUUCACUGCGAUUAGCUGCAGCUCUUAUUGAGCGUUAUUUCCCUGGAGCGAAAGUUCUGAUAUCAUCGCCAACAUGGGGUAAUCACAAGAAUAUCUUCAAUGAUGCCCGAGUUCCAUGGUCUGAAUACCGGUACUACGAUCCAAAUACGAUUGGUUUGGACUUUGAGGGAAUGAUAGCCGAUAUUAAGGCUGCUCCAGAAGGAUCUUUCAUAUUACUUCAUGGAUGUGCUCACAACCCAACUGGCAUUGACCCAACGCCUGAACAGUGGGUAAAAAUUGCUGACGUGAUUCAGGAGAAAAACCAUAUCCCCUUUUUCGAUGUUGCAUACCAGGGUUUUGCUAGUGGAAGCCUUGACGAAGAUGCGGGAUCUGUGAGAUUGUUUGCUGAGAGAGGAAUGGAAUUUUUCGUCGCGCAGUCAUACAGUAAAAAUCUCGGUCUUUAUGCAGAAAGGAUCGGAGCUAUCAAUGCCAUAUGCUCAUCAGCUGAUGCAGCUGCAAGGGUAAAGAGCCAACUGAAAAGGCUGGCGAGGCCAAUGUACUCGAACCCGCCAGUUCACGGGGCGAGGAUAGUGGCGAAUGUCGUGGGGGAUCCGACUCUGUUCGGGGAGUGGAAAGCGGAGAUGGAAUUGAUGGCGGGAAGAAUAAAGAACGUGAGGCAGAUGCUGUACGAUAGACUCGCGGAGAAGGACAAAAGCGGGAAGGACUGGUCAUUCAUACUGAAGCAGAUCGGCAUGUUCUCCUUCACCGGCCUCAACAAGGCUCAGGUAAAUGCCAUAUAUUUCGGUUCGGGUACGGUUAUUAUUUUUUUAAUAACAUUUUUUUUUGGG